AUGUCAGUCUCCCGCGCCAACCGACGCAUCCCGUCGUAUCAACCGUACCAGUGCCAUGUCUGCCAAAGUCGCUUUACCCGACAUGAGAACCUCAAGCGACAUGCUAAGCUCCAUUCCCGUUCACAGGAGGAGGCCUCGCUACCCUGUGACUUUUGCCAGACGACGUUCUCACGUCCCGAUCUACGACACCGACAUAUGAAGCGAAAGCAUCCUGAGUAUGAGCAGAGGCGCGCAACGAAAAGGUCCCUGCGUGAGUCUUCAGUACCUAAACCAGGGAGUGACGCACGGAGACCGCAACGACAUGAUGUCUACCUGUCGUCUGAAUCGUCGCCAGACAGUCAAGAUGGCUUUCACCUGCAGAACUCGGGCGAUGAGUGCGAGCUGGAGGUGGAUAGUGGAAUUUGGAACACGCCGUUGCCGCAUACGCAACAUCCACUCUUCCAUGGCCAUGAUGCAGAAAGCUCAACUAGCGGACCAGCCACAGCUGAAGUACAUAGGGACCAUGUUGUAACAGGCCCAUCCGUACAAGGGUCAUCGAUGAGUGAGUCAGACUGUGUGGGCCGAAUGGUGCAAGAUGCAAUAGAACUAGAACGGAGCCUGCUGCUGGGAACGCCGUUUCUCAAGCCGACCUACGAACUUGACGACCCAUUACAAACUGCCAUUAUACCACAGUCUACCUCAUUUGACACAAAUCUCCCCGGCGCCCAAUUUAGCCAAGGAAGCCCUGACACAUUCCCAUCGAAUUACCAGGUCGAUUGGUUCCCAUCGCACACGCAAAUUACACGCGGCUGUGACCUUAUCAUUUCCCUCGGCUACCAACACGGCGAGGACCCAGAGUCUGGCGACCAAGCCGGCUCAGGCGCAAGCCUAUCCAUCCGGUGCUUCCACCAGGCUCGCGCUCUCACAGCCGCUGAGGAAAGCAGAACCGACAGCCCAAGGCAUAAUACUACCCUCAUCCAAUCAUAUCUACUCCUCCAAAUAUGCGCGAUGAUGUACCUCUGCGGGGACGACUCAUCAUCCGGCCUCAAGAUGCAUUCCAACAUGAUUUCACUCGCGCGAGCAGGAGGCCUCAUGCAGCCCAUGGCGACUGAAACCUCAGCGACCGAAGAUCUAGAGGCACUAUGGUAUGAAUUCAUCAAAGCCGAGUCGCACAAGCGAACGUCCUUCGCCGUGCACCAGAUCGACGCACUCUGGUACCAAUUCCUAUCCAUCCCGCGAUCCAUCUCGCACUUAGAAGUCAAACACGACCUCCCCUGCCCGGAAGCGCAAUGGACCGCACCCUCCGCCGCCGAAUGGGCCCACCGACAUCUCGUCGCUAGAAACCCCGGCCCCGCUGUACCAUACCCAGACGCAGUCCGCCGGUUCCUGUCUUCCGACGCGUGUCCCGAUUCCAUCCCCACAUUCGACCCCUACGGGGCCAUCAACAUCGCCCAGUUCCUCAUCUCCAGCGCCCGCGAGGUCUCCGGCUGGUCCACCAUGACCGGCAUGCUCAGCAUGGACCGACUGGACGCCUUACGAGCGUCGCUAAUCGCCCUGGGCCCCUUCAUCCGUCCGCAGCCCGAGACCGCGAAGGCAAUGCACGCCAUCGCAACAUGGGAGACCGCCAUGAUCGAGCUGCAUCUGUGGUCGCCGGCGCAUACGGGCGGCAUUGUGGCUGCCAGUCUGGAUGCCGUGGUGAGUCAAUCGACGUCUCUCGCGCCUUCGUAUGAGUUCCUGUGGGAGGCCGACACGGCCAAGGCGAUCCAGCCGCACGUGGACUGGUUCCUACGCUAUUUGGACACGACGCGCGAGCCCGAUAUGGAGGCGCCGUGGGUGGCGGUGUAUGCGUACAAGGCGUUUUUGAUUGCCUGGCAGCUUGUGCGCGGCGGUCUCCCGAAUGCGAUGCACGUUGCUGGGAUCGCGGAUGGGGAUGUGGAGGGGGCGCUGGAGUGGGCGAGGAAGGUCUUUCGGCGCAGAGAGAGGUGGCAGCUGGGUAGGCUUAUAUUGUCUUGCUUGGAUGGGUUGGGGAGUUGA